AUGGCACGAUCAAGGUCUACAUACGACAGCAUCAAGGACGAAGAGUCCGAGACCUUGCUAGAUUUAAAGGUUCAUACGCGACGUCAGAAUCGAAAAGGAGUCUUUCUCAUUCUGCUAUCAGCCCUAGUUGCCGCAACCGUUUUCAUUCUCGCCAACUCAACGGCAAAGGUCUCGACAGCGAGUCCCAAAAAAAAUGUAAUCCUCAUGAUCUCUGAUGGAUUUGGUCCUGCAUCACAAACGUUCGCUCGCUCUUAUUACCAAUACAUAAACAAACUUCCCUACAACUAUACCACUCCUCUCGAUGAGAUACUUGUCGGAUCCUCUAGGACUAGGUCGUCAAACAGCUUGGUUACUGAUUCGGCUGCUGGUGCUACGGCUUUCGCAUGCGCUUUGAAAUCAUAUAAUGCAGCCAUUGCAGUCGAUCCAUCAAAGGCUCCUUGCGGCACUGUACUUGAAGCAGCGAAACAUUUGGGAUACACCACGGGCCUUGUAGUAACAUCUCGCAUAACUCACGCCACUCCAGCUUGUUUCUCGUCUCAUGUUGUACAUCGUGACCUCGAACACAUCAUCGCUCGCCAUCAAAUCGGUGACUACGUUCUCGGCCGUCAAGUCGACCUUCUCUUGGGCGGCGGACGUUGCUUCUUCCUUCCUCAAAACGUCGCCGGUAGUUGUCGCCCGGAUGAUGUAGAUGUUUUGGAGAUGGCAGACAAUAAUGGGUUCUCGUACAUACAGAGUCGGAAGGAGUUUGAUAAGCUUAAACCGAAACAAAAGCUGCCGCUAUUGGGCUUGUUCACCCUGGAUCAUAUGAGCUAUGAAAUUGAUCGAGAUAGUAAACUUGAACCGUCUUUGGCAGAGAUGACGGCAAAGACCCUUAAGAUAUUGACUCAUGCUACCAAGAGUAGCGACCAAGGGUUUUUCUUAAUGAUUGAAGGAAGUCGAAUCGAUUAUGUCAAAUCACAUCCGGGCACUAUAAUGAUCUCAGUAUCUGAUCACGAGACAGGUGGUCUUUCUCUAGCGCGACAAAAUACUGAAGCUUACCCCGAGUACCGCUGGAUCCCCGAAGUCAUCAAACGAGUCAAACAAUCCGCUUACAUUCUCUCGACUGAACUUCUUGCCUACGAAGGCAAUGACAAAGAGAGAUUCAUCAGGGAGAAGAUCCUGUUUGGCGGAUUAGGGAUUGAAAAUCCAACUGAAGAAGAAAUAAAAUGGCUGAUGGAAAGUAAUGUACAGCUUGCGAUUGAAUUUUAUCUGGGUACUAUGGUCAGCAAACGCGCGGAAAUUGGUUGGGCCACGCAUGGACAUUCCGGGUUGGACGUUAAUUUGUAUGCCUAUGGAGCAGGAACCGAAUCUUUACGUGGAAAUGUUGAGAAUACCAAUAUUGGCGAUUUCAUUAGCCAGUAUCUUGGGCUGAAUCUUCAAAAGAUUACACACCAACUUAACCAGAACAACGCUUCCUUUCAUAUGGUUGAUGAAGUAACUUUGGACAGUCUAAUUGCUAGUGAUAUAAUGCACUAUCACCAUCAUCAUCAUUGA